GCUUGCAUUGUAACAAAUAAAUAGGUACUGUAUUAUCCUACUGUCGAUACUACUCUACGGACUACGGGUGGUAGAGCGUUUUAUGAGUCCGCAUAAGUAGGUACAACCACCCUGCCAACUUCUGCAGGAAAGCAAUAUUAUGUUUCGUUUUAAAGGGUGGGACAGCCGUUGUACUGUUUCACUUUGUGAGAUCUAUGGACUUCUUUUACAACAGGUGGGCAUGCAUGAGUUCAAUAUAAAGCAUUAAAAACAAUAUUUAUGUAUCGAUAGACGUUGUCUAUCCUAGUCAAGCUAUUUAUCGAAAGGUAAUGAUAAUCUAAAUUUUGAGCCCUAAAUAAAUUACUUAAGCAUGAAAGUGAAAAGAAGUUUGAGAAAUAUACCUUUGCCCUAAUGCUUAUAUUUUUAACAAACUUUUUGAAUAUUUUUUCGGCGGUUGAUUAUUUUCAACUUAAGAAUUUAACUUGUGACAAAAAUUAAAUUCCAAUACCGCUUGAAAGUUUAACUAAACAAGUGUUUAAGUACGUAGUUAAUAUGCUCAACUCAAAUUAAAAAUGAACAUAAAAGGUUGGAAGAAAACAGAGAACGAAGCGGGAUAUCCUUGUUACAUUAAUGAAACUACCAAAAAACAACAAUAUGAUCAUCCCGAAUUUAUUAAAUUAUGGCAAUCACUUUCUGUAUACGACGAUAUAAAAUAUGCAGUGUACCGUAUUGCGUUCAAAAUCCAUGCUUUGCAAAAGCAAAUUCGAGUGCCUCCAUUAAGAAUCAGUUCUGGAGUUUUUGCUCGGCAUCAACUUAGUUUGUCUGAAAGCAGUCUAUCAUUGGAUACUACUGAGCUGGAAGCUGUACUAGCUGAUAUAUAUUUUGCUGCAGAAAAAGAUGGUCUAUUUGAUGGGGAUGUUGACUUUGCUGUAGAUCUCCUCAUUAAUCUCUUAUUAAAUGUUUAUGAUGUUGACCGAAAAGAACCGAUACGAGUAUUAGCAGCAAAGACCCUUCUUAUUGUCCUGAGUAAUGAUCCAGCAUCAGACAAAUGGUUUGCACUAGCCAAUAGUUGUGCAGAUCACAAUGGAUGCGUGUCUGCCAAGAGAUUCUCAGCUUUAUUAACGCAUAUUGUAGCACUGCCGCUAUACUGUGGAACAUCCUCUGGACAGCUGCAGGAUGAUGUUCUCUCGUGUUUUGAUAAGAAUUCGGGUAUGUUAGGCGUAAGUUCACGGAUGGUAGCCGAAUGGGGUGUGCAGUACUGCGCUAGUACAAUGUGGCUGUCAGUUUUAGAACGAAUCUCAGCUAGUAUUGACGAUGAGAAUACUAUUGGUCAAUGCGCUGUUUGCUCACAAAACCUAAAGAAGAUGCUGAAAUUUAAAUGUUCAAAAUGCAGUGAGGUAUAUUUUUGUGAGAACUGUUAUUUAUAUGACCGAGGCUUGAAUACAGUAAGUGGACACAAGAAGACUCAUGUAGUGCAAGAAAUUGUUGAUGGACAGGUGAUUUAUUUUAAGCAUCAUAUUAAAUCCUCACAAUGCGCGUUCAUGAAGAGUAUGAGACGAUUCUUCUUUUGCACUAAGACUAAGAAGAAGAAGAUAGUGAGAUCAAAAAAAAUCGACCAGUUAGACGGGCCCAGCACUCUAAAACGAAAGAAGGGUAACAAACCAACCAUGUUCACUUCAACAGUUGGUAAAGCUUCAGGGAAAGAGGCUGGCAACCCCGCGAACAUGCUUCAAGAUAUUAUCAUGCAGCUGGAAGCUCAGAAUAGAGCUCUUCAAGAAUUAUCGGUGCAGUUCAAGGACGUUGGAAAGAAUGAUGAUGAACUCAAAACGAAGGUAGAUACACAUUGGUCACAGAUAUCUACCCAAAUAAAUAGACUUAAAGUUUUAAAGGAAAAUUUGAUUGCACCUCAAAAUGUGUCCAACGAUACAGACAACAAAGACAAGCCUCAAGCUUUUGACCUGUUCAGUCCCAUACCGGUCAUCGAAACUCAGACCAAACUGACAGACAAGAACCAUCCUAGAGUAUUGAGCUUGGACUCCGGGAACUUCUCAGUCGUGUCGAAACAAGAGAGCCAGAACUUGCUGACGUUGUCUGGAGAUGCCUUGAAACCGGUGGUUGCUCAUGCCACAUCAGAUAGCAUAUCCGCUGUUUCUGUGAAUGAUAUCAGCUCGUGGUACAAUGAAACGCAGGCUUCCGGCAAGCAUGUCCGCCAAGCAAAGGGGCAGCCCCCGGUGGAGGUCCCGCCCCCCGUGGAGGUCCCGCCCCCCUCGGCGGAGGACAGGUUCGCGGCUGACAUGCGGCGCGUGGAGCACGGCAAUCACAAGAUGAAAGAGCUCAAUGCGGACCUGGACAAGGUGCUCGACAGGCUGCAGGAAAUACUCACACACAACUUCACGAUGGACGAUUCAUGUUUCGAUAAUAGCCAGCUGCGCGAGACGGCGAAUGAAAUGGAAGGUCUGUUGGGAACAUUGAUACGCGGAGUCGAACAGCGAGCGACCCUGGGCAACACUAAGGCGCUCGUGUAAAUUACACCUUCGACGAUACGGAAUAGAGUCUAAAAUAUGAUUUGUUCCACCGAAGAUUAACAGGUAGGUAUGGCUCACACCACAGUGAAAGCUUCGUCUGAGAAUCUUAUGGGAAUGUUCUCAAUGCUCACAGAAAAAAAAAUUCAAUUAGAUAUAAUAUUUUAAAAUAUGUAUUAAUAAAUUUAUCAAAAUGCAAAUAUUCGUGAAAUUAAUUGUGUAUGGAGAAUUAUUACAUCUCUGUUCUUUUUUUUAUUGUUAUUGUAGACUGCUGGCUAUUAUCGACAUCUGCACACGGCUCGCCUGAUGGUAAGUGUUUAUUGUCGCUCAUGAACAUCAGAAAUGCCAGCGGCACAGCAAUGCCAUAGCCUACUGCUGUGGACUCCACUCGAUUAUAUGGUUUUGUUCUUUACUAGUGGUCCUUCAGUAGUUGAAAUUCGACUAUAAUGAAUUGAAAUUAUAAAUUUCAACACUAUUAUGAUUCUAUUGUCAAAGACUACACUUUAGACAAAUAUUAAUAAAAACAAACAAUAUUACUCCAUUCUCCAUUUGAUCACAGACUUGAUGCAAUAAGAAAAGUUUGACAGUAAAUAAAUAGCAUGAAUAUGGUAGUGUGUGUAAUGUUUUUUUUUUAUUGAUUUAAUGUAUUUUUUAUGCAUAAUUUAAAAAAAUAUUAAUAUUCUGCACUCCUUCUCUAUAUUCUCUAUAAGUGUGGGAAAUUUCAUACUCCUCCGUCCGCGUAAUUUUCCUAGAAAGGGGUACAAAGUUUUUGCCUUAUGUAUUAAUAUAUAGAUAUCUAAAUAAUAGUGAUUUGGUCGAUACCACCGUUCUGUGUAUAACUUAUCGGUUUGAAGUUUGGAAUUGGUACUUAGACCUCUCGCAUUGUUCCGCGGCUGGUGGUAUUCACAUAACACUAAGAGGGCCGUCAGCUCAAUUGCCUAUACAAAGGACUGGCUUAUUAAAAUAUGAUCAUAAGUGUGUUAUUUUUUAGGACAAUGUGAACAUUUUAUGUAUUUUAUAAACGACAUAAUAUUAAGUAUAGGUUUUCUUGGUUGUGUAUUAAUCCGUCCGUGUUUUGGUGCUCAAAUAAUUAAUUUUAAGGAAAUUAUAGACAUUCCAAUGAAGUGUAGCGAUUGAAUGUUAAUGAUUUUUAUGAAGCAUAUUAUUAGAAGAAAAUAUUUUUUUUAUCUUUUUGAUUUAUGAAAUUUCAUUGACCGAUUUGGUGUUUGAAUACUCUGUGGUAGAUUUUUAAAUUAAUUAAGUUAGGUACAUAUUUUAUAUUAAAUUACAAUAUCACGUGAAUUGUGUUAUAAUAAAUAUAGUGUAGAGAAAAAAAAACGAUUUUUGUGAUGAUUACAUUAGAAACAUAAGGUCGGAUAUUCGUGAUUUCAAUAUUAAUUAAUUAUCGACAUUAAUAAUCGACACAACUAGGAAAUAAAAAGACAUGAGUCCGUAUAAAAUAUUUUUUUGUAAACUUCCGGCUGCUCUAGUCGAGAAAAAAAGGUUGAAAAAAAAAGUCUAAUUUAGAAAAGUAACAUGCCAUAUAUUUAUUAAAAAAAUAAUAAUUACAUACAAUUAAUUAUUCACUUUUUAAUCAUAAAGGUUAUUUGUAAAAGUUGAACGUAAUUUUAUUUAAGAAAACCUUAAACGUACAUACGUUAUUUGCUUUGUGCGGUUAGGUAUAUAAUUAGAAAUAAUAUUGCAUUGAAUUAUAAUUUUGUUUGCAUUUCUAUGAUAUGGAACAACACUCGUGGAAGUCUCUUUGCUAUGUUAUACUUCAAAUACUCAUUUUUAGGGGGUGAAAGGCUGUUUGGUUUAAGCGACAUUUUUUGCAAUUUUACAGAAGAUCCAUUCAAAGUAUAGAAUUUGGAAAACUUCUUCAGCUAUUUGAAUGAUUUUUUGAAUGAGGUAAACUUAAUUGAAGUUCAAUUAAAAACAUCGAAUUGUUAAUGCUAAUACCAAAUAAAACGGACCUUUAAUAAUUACAAAGAUAAAUGUCGCGUUUUAAUUGAAGCCUUUCACCCCGCAAUAUAAAUAUUUUAUGGAAUCUCAAUAUUGUAGUUACAAUAGUUAAUUGGCAAUUAAUAAUAUAACAUAAUCGUCAAUAGAAUUCAAUCUUAACUGUCUAUAUCUUAACUGUAUAUAUGUUUCAAUAAAUAAUCAAAUGCUAUCGUUGUCUCGCUCAUCUAAACAUAGACAAGGUGUAACAGAUUAUAAACAAACUUUAUACAGAAUCGAAGUUUAUAUAAUUAAUUAUUUAAUUGAGUAAAGUGGGUGUCGUCUUCAUAAAUGAAAUAAAAUUCAGUAUGUAUUCUUAACAGCAAAUCAUCAAAUUGCUGUUAUACCAUAUUUAAAUAUGUUAUGAUUUUGUUUAAUUCGUUUUGCACAUCUCAGAAUUAAUUUUUUCUCAACUCUUCUGAGACAUUUAGAAAUAAAUGUUGCCAUCUACAAUUAAUCGAGUCAUUGAGAGUUAUUACAAUUUUUUGAUUUGUGAAAUUAAUAUUAUUUUCAAUUAAUAAUUUUGAUAAAAAAAUUUGAUUUAUUACAUCAAUAUAAAAUAAUUAAAUGGAAUAAAGAAAUAUAUAUUAACAAUUAUUCUUACUCUAUUUUAUACAAAGCGAUAAAAAUGUAUAAAAAAGCAAUUAGAUUGCAAAUACACAACUUGACGUUAGGUACUUAGAAAACAUUUUUACAAAAAAAAAAAAUACUAUAAAAUAAAUUGAUUUAUAUAAA